AAUGGUUGACAGAUGGGCUAUAGAUCGAGAGUUUUGUGUUUAAGGAAACUCACAGAUUUUUCUCUCUCACACAGUCCAGUCCUCCAGUCUGCUCUCCAUCUCCAGCAGUGACAGUCCUGAGUGGGCCAUAUGUGAAUACGUUCAUUAAUGCAGCUAUGGCUCCUGUCAGGGUAGAAAUGUGUCCAGAUGGAGGGACCCCACUGUGCAGGCCUGGCCAGCACUCGAGAGCUGAUGUGUGGGGUGGGGAUCCGCUCUAACUGGACUCUUUCUCUGCGUGCGGGUUCCCGAGUUUUGGCACGCCACCGUCCCUCGGCUCAGGUUACAGAUUCAACACUAUGAACAGUGUGGGAAUCCAAGCUUUCGGUAGCAGAUGCGAUUUUCACGGCGGCGUCCACCUGUCCAACAUUUGCUGCCUUUGAUCCACCUGCAUCAGGCUGAACACUUGCCCACCUUUAAACCUGUGUGCCAGAGCAUUGGACUGGGAACCAUGAAAGAGGAAACCUGCCCUUCUCCACUCAGACUCCCACCCAUCUUGAGGCAACCGUUAAGCAUCACUGGACUCUAUAUUCCAAGGGACAACAGGGUCUACCCAAAAAGGCAUCAUGAAGAGCCAAGCCAACAUCAGGCCUAUAGAAAGAUGGCUUUCAGUUAUCGGAAUGAACAUGUCCCUGCAAUCAUUAAAGGACAUCAACACUUCGGCUUCGGAGGAUCUGUGUUGCCUGAGUCUGUCAUCAUUGAGCAAUAUUAUGACCUCACCCUCACCAAGAAGAGUAAUGUCCGACUGAAUGACCAGCUGGUUCCCAAACCGACGGACAUUGACAUGAGUAAGAAGAUGAUUAAAGUUGAUAUUCCGAGGGAACAUCCUUACAGCUCCCACAUCCCCCGGUAUCCCGCUAUAUUUCCAUCAUACCGAUCCUUACCAGUCCAGCCCUCCAGUGCUUCUGCUCCUGUAGUUGUGUGGCGGCAUCAUCAAAGGAGCAAAUAAACAUUAAAAAAAAAUAAAAAUAUGUAUUGAAACAGUUUGUGGACAAAAUGCAUUUUGUGAUCCAGACAACCCCUUUCACAACCAAAAAACCUACAUCUCAUUCAAAGAUUGAGUCCCUCGCAAAUAUCUGUGCACCCCUGCCCCAAAAUUUAAACCUCAGAAUCAUUUAUAAACUAAGUCAUUUAU